GGGGGCUGAACCCGGAAGUGGGGAGGCGCUCGAGUGAGCGCGCCCGGAGUGGAGCUCGGCGGCCGGCAGCCAGCGGGGGAGCCCUGUGUUCCCGACCAUGAAACGCUCGGGCACGCCCCUCCAGAAGCUGUUAUCCAAGACAAUCUAGCGUUCACUUACAAAUCCCUAAGACUCGUAUGAAGUUUCUUGUUCUGGAACCGCAGUAGUGCAAUGAAGAAGAGGAGAAAGGUUACUUCAGAUCUUGACGAGAAGAUCCACCUAGGCUAUCAUAAAGAUUCUUCAGAAGGAAAUGUUGCAGUGGGCUGCCAGCCAGUGAGCUACACGCAUUCUCCAGAAAGACCAACUCCUGACGCUUUGCACUGCUACCAGGAGCUGCCUCCCUCCCCAGAUCAGAGAAAGCUGCUGAGUUCCUUGCAGUAUAAUAAGAAUUUGCUGAAGUAUUUGAAUGAUGACAGGCAGAAGCAGCCCUCUUUCUGUGAUUUGCUCAUCAUAGUGGAAGGGAAAGAAUUCAGUGCACACAAAGUAGUGGUCGCUGUUGGCAGUAGCUAUUUUCAUGCCUGUUUGAGCAAAAAUCCAAGCACUGAUGUUGUCACCCUGGAUCACGUAACACAUUCAGUUUUUCAGCAUUUGCUUGAAUUCCUUUAUACAUCAGAAUUUUUUGUGUACAAGUAUGAAAUACCUCUUGUUUUAGAGGCUGCAAAAUUUUUGGACAUUAUAGAUGCAGUGAAGCUACUGAAUAAUGAAAAUGUUGCUGCUUUCCAGUCAGAGCUAACUGAGAAGUCAUCACCUGAAGAAACACUAAAUGAAUUAACUGGACGACUGUCCAAUAAUCAUCAGUGCAAAUUCUGCAGUAGACACUUUUGUUAUAAAAAGUCCUUAGAGAAUCAUUUGACUAAAACACAUAGGUCUCUGUUAUUAGGGAAAAAACAUGGGUUAAAAAUGCUGGAGAGAAGUUAUUCCACAAGAAGAUCAAAAAGAAGUCGAAAGUGCCCCGUGAAGUUUGAUGACACCAGUGAUGGUGAACAAGAAAGUGGGGAUGGGUCAGACAAUCUGAAUCAGGAAACUUUUGAUACAGAGAAGUCAGACAGAAAUGAUUCCGAGGACCCUGGAAGUGAAUAUAAUGUUGAGGAGGAUGAGCUAGAGGAGGAAAUGUCCGAUGAAUACUCCGACAUUGAGGACCAGAGUGAAAAAGAACAUCAGGAGGCGGAAGAGGAACCCGAGGCUGGUGAUUCUGGGGGAAAUAUUCGUGAGAGGUUAACGCCAGUCAUCAUUCAGAACAGUAACAAAAAAAUACUGCAGUGUCCUAAAUGUGAUAAAACGUUUGACCGAAUAGGCAAAUAUGAAAGCCACACUCGUGUUCACACAGGGGAGAAGCCCUUUGAGUGUGAUAUUUGUCACCAGCGCUAUUCAACAAAGUCUAACCUAACUGUUCACAGAAAGAAGCACAGUAAUGAAACAGACUUUCAUAAGAAGGAACACAAGUGCCCUUAUUGUAACAAACUUCAUGCAAGCAAGAAGACUUUAGCCAAGCAUGUUAAGAGAUUUCAUCCUGAAAAUGCACAAGAAUUUAUUUCCAUUAAGAAGACAAAGAGUGAAAGUUGGAAAUGUGAUAUUUGUAAGAAGUCUUUUACUAGAAGACCACACUUGGAGGAACAUAUGAUCCUGCAUUCCCAAGAUAAACCUUUUAAGUGUACCUAUUGUGAAGAACAUUUCAAAUCACGUUUUGCACGCCUGAAGCAUCAAGAAAAGUUCCAUCUGGGUCCUUUUCCAUGUGAUAUAUGUGGUCGCCAGUUUAAUGACACUGGAAAUUUGAAACGCCAUAUAGAAUGUACUCAUGGUGGAAAAAGAAAAUGGACUUGCUUUAUUUGUGGAAAAUCAGUAAGAGAAAGAACUACUUUGAAAGAACAUUUAAGAAUCCACAGUGGAGAAAAACCUCAUCUUUGUAGUAUUUGUGGACAGAGUUUUCGCCAUGGAAGUUCAUACAGACUUCACUUACGAGUACAUCAUGAUGAUAAAAGAUACGAGUGUGAUGAAUGUGGUAAAACCUUUAUUCGUCAUGACCACCUUACGAAGCACAAAAAAAUACAUUCAGGUGAAAAGGCUCAUCAGUGUGAAGAAUGUGGGAAAUGUUUUGGUCGUAGGGAUCAUCUCACUGUUCAUUACAAAAGUGUGCACCUGGGAGAAAAAGUGUGGCAAAAAUAUAAGGCAACGUUCCAUCAAUGUGAUGUUUGUAAGAAAAUUUUUAAAGGCAAGUCAAGCCUAGAAAUGCAUUUUCGAACACAUUCAGGUGAAAAACCAUACAAGUGUCAAAUUUGCAAUCAGUCUUUUAGAAUAAAGAAAACUUUAACCAAGCAUCUGGUUAUUCAUUCUGAUGCCCGACCAUUCAACUGCCAGCACUGUAAUGCAACAUUUAAGCGCAAAGACAAACUGAAGUAUCACAUUGACCAUGUUCAUGGGAUAAAGUCUCCUGAUGACCCCCUUAGUACUUCUGAAGAAAAACUUGUAUCCUUACCAGUGGAGUACUCAUCUGAUGAUAAACUCUUUGAAGCAGAAACAAAACAAUAUAUGGACCAGCCAAAAAGCUAUCCAUCCGAAGCCAAGACUAUGUUACAGAAUGUGUCUGCUGAAGUUUGUGUCCCAGUAACGUUGGUUCCAGUUCAGAUGCCUGACGCACCCAGUGAUCUGGUGCGACAUACUACUACUCUGCCUCCAUCUUCCCAUGAGAUCCUGCCGCCACCCCCACAAUCAACUGAUUAUCCUCGAGCAGCUGAUUUGGCCUUUUUGGAAAAGUAUACCCUCACUCCUCAACCUGCAAAUAUAGUUCAUCCAGUCCGACCUGAGCAAAUGCUAGAUCCUAGAGAACAGUCUUAUCUUGGAACAUUACUGGGUCUUGAUAAUACUACUGCUGUUCAAAAUAUUUCUACUAAUGAACAUCAUUCAUGAGUUAAUCUAAACAUUCCACAGACUUUGGAUGGCUCUGUGCUAAUGUAGCCAAGAGCUGAUGUUUUAUCAGUUAGUGGGCUGCUGUUUUUUUCAUUUUCUUUGGUUUCCCAAGUCCUCGGAACAAUUUCAAAUCACGAAAACUAUGUGUAUUUGUUUACUGAACAUAUGAAUAUUUGGACAUUUUCUGGUAUAAUAUUUGAGGCAUUUUUUGUGAUUUUUUAAAAGAUGAUUUAGUGCUAAUUUUUAAUAGGUUCUCAAACUUUUUCACAGUUACUAGCUGCUGGCAUUUUUUUUUUUUAAUAAUCGCUGGAAGGUUUUAUUAGUCUCAUUCCUGUUUUCUCCCUUUCGCAGAUUCUAACAGCUUGAAGACCUUUAAGAAGGAAAGUAAGAACAUGUGAAUAAUUGCAGCUGUUCUUUAUCCUAAGUUAAGAUUCAUUAUCAAUCCAUGCAGAUGUUUAAAACAGAAAUUAGGAACUUGAAUUUAUAAGAAAAUCUUGGAUAUUUCUAUGUUGUUUCCAUUUCAAUUUGUCCUUAAUUUCAGGUUAUCUUUAUCUUUUGGACUUUUGACCAACUCACAACGAGGAAACUAAGAUUAACUUAUUAAUAUAGUUGAAAUAAUUAUCCAGAUAAUUGAUUUUUACCUAUACUUCAAUCAUUAUGAGUAAGAAAUACAACCUUAGGUCUAGAAGUUGAAUUUUGCAAGUUGAAAAUGUUCUGAGAGAAAUAUGACAGUUUUAACUAGAUGUUUUAGUAGUUCACCUUUUGUAUUUUGCUAUUUAUUUUAGAAACAUUAACAAUAUAGUACAGCAUAAGUCUUCAUCUCACUAAAGAGGGGGUGUACAUUACAAUUAAUGACAGUUAAUUGAAUACACUACUUUUGAUUUAAUUUUCUUUGACAGAAACUGAGGAACACAAUCUUGUUAUCUUAUGUCUAAUUCUUAGAAGUGCCAAACAGUUUGUAAAAUUUGUGUCUACUGUAGCUCAGUGUCACUUGAAAAUGGAAUCACUACUCACAUCCUGAUUUGCAUGCAGUUCAAGUUUUUAUAUUUACUUUCACACUAAUUAUCCUUGAUUUUUAUUUUUGUGUCAGACAAAAGUUGAGGACUUAUGAGAGGAAAUAGCAAUUACAAUAAAACCUUACUGAUUAAAACGAAUUGAGGAAAAAGUCAAAAUUAUAACUUGCCUGUAAAGACAUGCACUUUCCAUAUUUUUGAUUCAAUUUAAAUUUAAACCAGGAAAAUAUUUCCUGGUAGAACUGCUUGAGCAUUAGGUUAGACAGGGUUGAUUUGUUAUUAGCAUGUCAGUUGUAUGUGAACUACUGGGAAAUAGUAGGUUUAAACAUUUUCUGUUUCAUUUGUGUUUACACUCCCAAUUGCUUUAAGCACUUUUGUGUGUGUGUGUUUGUGUGUCAACUGUAAAAAGUCUGGCCUGGUCCUUGUGGGGAAAAACAAAAUAAUGAACUUUUAGUGAAUAAAAUUUAACCAGUUAGUACUAGUAAGUAAAGGGGGUGGGAGGGGCCUGUUUGCUGAAGCACUUAAGAAAUGAAGGUACUUGACAGGAACAUUUGCCAUAGUAGUGAUAAAACAGAAGAAAAAACAGAUGUUUGAGAACAGAGGCACUUAACCAAAGUGGCUGAUACAAAUGAAAAAACAACCUGAGUUUUGCCUUAUUUAUCAAGGUUUGCUUGUAAUUAUAUUAGGACCAGUAGACUCAAUUACUGUAUUUCUUUUUAAAACAUUCUUACUCUUGGUGGAAAUGUUAUAUCUGAGGUACUUAUGUGGUUGAGUUUUACUAUAUGAGGUACUGUUGCUGUGUUAGGCUUUCAGAUUGACCUAAAAAUGCCUAUCUUUAUGAUUUUUGUCAUGAAGACUGGCAACUUCACUAAAAAUCAUACUAUAAUAAAAACAAAUCUUACUUAAAAAUAUACCUGCCUUACAUAUACCUAAUGUAGAACAUUUGGACUCAUAAAAAGGCAAAUGGUAUACAUAUAGAUGUGUGUAAAUCGUAUAUAUAUAUUACGAUAUAUAUAUAUUUGGUGGCAGAAAAAAGAAAAUGCUACAUUUUCACAUUGAAAAGAAUACUUUGCUUUUUGAAGUAUUUACGGUAGAAUUCUUUCAAUAAUGAUGUCCUAAUACUUUAAAUAUAUGAUUUAAUAAUAGAAUUGGUUUACACAGAACUGUUCUGGAAUACAUCUCUUAUAUGAAGUGAAAUAUUGUAUAAUUGUACUUAGCUAUUACUGUAGAUAACUGAAACUUGAAUAGUGAUUUACUGUUUUAUAAAAUGCUUUCACAUAUGUUAUCUCAUUUGAACCUCAUAACCAGCUCUGAAAUAGAUAGGACAUGCUGUAUUCCUAUGUUAGAGAAGAGUAAUCAGGUUAAGAUCAAAGAAUUCGUGUUACUGCAUUCAUAUGGUCAAGAAGUAGCAGAGCUGCUAGUAGCAAAAGGAGAAGCAAGCAUUGAUGAAUGCUGCCUCGGUGCCUGGCACUAUACGGUCUCUCUGACUUAGUCUGAACCCAGUCUCGGGGGCUGGUUGUGUGAUUCUUACAAAGAAAUGGUCUUAACAAACAACAGGACAACAAAUUUACCUGCUGCCUCUAAUUUCCAGAAAUAUAAGAAAAUCCUUAAAUUCUGACAACCUCAUGCGUGGAUUUGGGCAAACUGAAUGUAUAUAACAUUUUCAAGUUGGCACAAAAAAUAUAUAUAUAAAAUAGGCCUCUUUUAAGAUGACCGUUCUGUAACUCUAAAAUCUGCUUAUUUUGUAAAUAUACAUACAAUUUAGAAUCUGGCAACUAAGGGUAGCCUCAUUCAGAAUUUAUUUUAUGAGUAUAAUUUAUUAUUUUAAAUUAAUUUUAGCAGAUAGCAGUUAGCACUUAAUCUGUACAUUGAAUAAUCUGUCAUGUGCAGAAAUUCGCUGACCUAAUCGGUUUUGAACAUAAAUGCACCAAAGAUUUUUAGUGGGUAUUAUAUAGUUUUAAAAAAAAUUUAAUUCUUCAUUGUGUGAAUAAAUAUUUGUCCAAAGAAGCACAUUUGAAGUCCUGGAAAAUGGAUUUUUAAAAAGUAGUUAGUUUGAAUAUUGAGAUAAAAUAUUAAGUGUUUGUGUCAAUAUGUAUAAAAGUAAAGACAGAAGAAAAUACUCUGGGAAUAGUCAUACUGACAAACUGGUGACAAGUAAUAAUACUGUUUUCCACAGCUUAAUUAAUUAAUUGAAUGUUGUUUUUAGUGAACACUAUCAAAUGCUAAAUAAUAAGCUUAUUUUUUACACUACACUAUCUAAAUAAUUUUGGCCUUAAAUUUUUUUAAGUCAAGUUGAGAUUAUUUUUCUAAGAGACCCCACCUGCUUUUUUUUGCAGCCUAAAAUACUAUCUGAGGUUGGGUUUGUCCCUCAUUGCCAGCAAGAUUUAACCAACACCUGUAAAGGCAGCGGUCUUUGCAUACUUUUAAUUUAAAUACUUGUUGCUGGAAGAAGAGGAAUAGCAAAAGAUUUUAAAUUGGUGCUUUAUUAAGAGACUGCCUUUAAAGGGAAAGUAGAUCGUGAAAUACGUACACUAAUACAUUUUUUAAAAUCAACUUUAAAGUGUCAGAACAUCUUUCUAGAGUGAAUAUAAACAAUUAGUUAAGGGCUAAUAAAGUACUUAACUGUAUAAUUGCAAACACACAGUUGAACUGUUAUGUUUAUAAGUGCAAGUUUCUUCCCACCAUAUCAUUAUAAAACAUCAUUGAUGUAAAGUCAGAUCUGGAACAUUAGAUCUUUGACAGUGUCCUUUUAUACCCAUUAUUUUCUGUGUUGAAUACUUUGUGCCUUUUCUCUGUGUUGUGGUUACUUAAAAUUGAUCCUGCUGGCUAGAUUGUAUUGGUUAAUAAAUGGUGUGUUGUUUUUGGUUUGCUUUUUUUUUUUAUUAUCAUUAUUAUUUUUAUGAAUCUUUCAUUUGGUUGCCUGCUGGCUGGGCAACAUUUUUUUCCCCUUAGAUUGCUUUAAGCUUAUAUAGGAAACUUGGCACUAAGUACAAGGUGGACGUUUGUGUGUUUAUGAUUUUUGUAUCUUUUUUUUUUUUUUAAUUCUCUACUGUGGCCUUUAUCAUUACUUUGAAGUCACUCCUGGGCCUGUCUCCAGAUGCUUAUUAGAGGAAUCUGACAAAAUUGAUAGCUCAUUUUCUCUCUCUCUCUCUUUCUCUCUCUUUCCUAAAUAACUAGUUAUCAUACAACUCUGCACUGAUAAAACUUCUUAUUUCUGUUUGCCUAAAACUGAACAAAAGUUUAUAGUUUGAAAUGAGUUUUUCUUUGGAGUGGCAACAUCCCAAGUAACAUAUAGCUUGAGUUGAUGAACUCAGGAAGACAUGAGACUUAAACAUCCUACUUUGAACAUUUUAAAAUUUGGUGCCAAAUUUGAGAUGACUGAAAUGAGAGGAACUUUAAUGAGGAACAAGUAGCAUUUCUAAUCUUGAUAAAUGUUACUUGCUGUUAGAGAAAGUAAUAGAUAACAUGAGAAUAAUUUUCUAAGCCAUUGUUUAAAACAAAACAAUUUUUCCUUCCAUCUUACCUUUCUCCUUCCUUUACAUACUUCUAGUCUAGUGGUUUGGGGGUGGGUGGGUCCUGCCUAACAACAUUUUUACUUCAGAUGUAUUUUCCCCAAUUAUAUCAGCAUGUUUUCUGCCUUUUCUCUUUGGAAAUAGCAUUAAUACGAUAGAGGUAGUAGGAUUAGGUUACGUGGAAGAUGGGAAAAAGCAAGUUUUUGUAGAGAGAGUGUGCCUGUUUUGCUUAUUUAUGUUUCAGCUUGCUGAGUGUGUUGGUCUUCAGUCUUUGACCCUUGAAAAAUCCCAAAAGUAAUAUUUAGUCUGCAGUCAUUUAAAGAAGAAUUAAAGAUCUUAUUCACAGCAUAGAGGUUAUACAACAAUGAAAGUAAACCCCUUUGUUCAACUUCUCAGACAAAAAUAAUUCAAUCAUUACAUCUAAAAUAUUUCUUGAUGAAGAGCAUGUAUACACCUCAUUGUUUGUUGUGCCUCUGCUAGGUAUUCCUGCUUUCAUUAGAGUUAGACAGUAUACUAUAGUGUCAUUAUGAAAUAUUUAUUCCUUACAACAAUCAAGUUCUUAUCCAUCCUUCUUGCUAAAACUGUGUGACAGUUGAUGAAUGUGGCUGCCAAAAGAUGACACAACACUGGGAUUUUAGCUGCUCCGUAUCAUGGGAGAUACUUUGAUGAAGGGGAUUUAUGUUGUACAUUAAAGUAGAAGUGUUUUUAAACUUGCUUUUCGUCUCAAUAAUUUUUGUCUUUUAAUUAAGGAUACUUUUAAAUUCAAUGACAAGGAGAAGUCUAAAAUGUCAAAAUUCAUUGUUAACUGAGUGUAAAAUACCUUGUGAGUUUUAUAAAUACCUUGGCUGUCUCAUGUUUUUAAGUACAAAUGUCUAUAGAAAAAUUGAGUUCUUUGUGACAAAUAGGAAGUGUCUUGUAUAUUGAACUAGUCCUUUGUAUUAUUUUGAUAUUUAAAAUAAAUAUAAAGUUCUUUGUUCCCGAUAA